CCCGGCCCGGCCCAGCCCCACGUGAGCGGCCCCGCCGGCAGUCCCGGGGCCGCUGCCAUGGAGCUGCCGGCCGUCAGCCUCAAGGCCAUCAUUCUGGUGCACUGGCUGCUCACAGUGUGGGGAUGCAUGAAUCACAUCUUGCCAGCCUCCUAUGCCUGGGGAAAUUUCAGUGUCCUUGCAGUGGGGAUCUGGGCCAUUGUGCAGCGAGAUUCCCUCGAUGCCAUCGCAAUGUUCCUGACUGGCCUGCUGCUCACAGUGCUCACAGACAUCAUUCACAUCUCUGUCUUCUACCCCACACAUGACCAUCUCGGCGAUACGACCCGUUUCAGUGUGGGCAUGGCCAUCUUCAGCCUCCUCCUCAAACCCCUGGCCUGCUAUUUGGUGUAUCGGAUGUACCGGGAGCGUGGAGGAGAGUACACCUUUAACAUAGACCUGGAGUCCUUGUCUGGCAGCCACUUUGCCCACAAUGGUGUCACCAGUGCGGGCCAGGAUCGCAGCACCUACGAGCCCAUUGAUCAGUCAGAAGCACCUCCCCAGUGGCCUCCCCCGGGCAAGGCAGCCCAGCCUCCCUACUGAGGCACCUGGAGCCCCGAACGGACACUGCCCUCGCCCAGCCAAGGCUUCUGCUCUUCCUCUCUCUGUUCUCAUGGAGCCACACCUGCUGCUGAGCAAACGGGACAGGAUCUGAUACUUCUUUUGCCUCCCUGAAGGUUGGGCAGAUGGGUUCCUGCAGUAAGUCCAGAAGAUCUCGGAGGUGUCAUGUCAAGCACUGUGACUCGUUGUAAUCCCAGUACUUUCCUCCUCAAUCCCUCCUCAGUAUGUGUGACUGGUGCACCUUCUGCAGUCUUCCAGGUCUUGCACUGUGCAUCCUCUUUGAUGUAAGGGAACCACUAAAAGUACCCCUGGACAAACUGUCUUUAAAAGCCGUAUGGACUGCCCUUAAACAAUACAGUUAGCCUGCUUUUAUGCAGAUAUAUUCCCAGGAAACAUCUGGGAGUUCUCAAGAGCUGUUUUUGAUGGCGUUAUUUAACUAAGAUUUAUGAGCUCCUAAGAUUUAUAACUCCCUGUGUUAGCUGUGGUGGUUUGCACAAAGCUGGGCUUGGUAUAAAAUGUUCUUAACUGGGCCAGGGAGGUGUUUGUGCUCCCAGUGUCUGGUCUUGGGUUUUAUUGACUGAUGCUUUUAUGCAAGUUGAAUGUCCUUCAGGAUACUUAAAAUGACUGUUGAAUGUAGGUUAUAGAUACUUUGUGCCUUGAGAUGUCCUUUUGCCUUCAGCCGCCUGUCUUAAACUUGAAAUGUUACAUUUUUCUAAGAAAACUAUAAAAUGAACACAGUUUUCCUGUGUUAGAAAAAGUUAAA